AUGCCCAAAACAAUUCCCGGCAAGUAUCUGUCCUCGUCGCUGGAUUUCAGAUCCGACACUUUUACAAUCCCUACGCCCCAACUAUGGGAGCAGGUAUCCGAGGCAUCAAUGGGCGAUUCGGUUUACGAAGAAGACACGGAUACCACUCUAUUGGAAGAACGAAUUGCUCAUGAAUUUCUCGGUGGGCAAAUGUUUGAUGGUGAAGCUCAGGGUCUCUUUUGUAUGUCGACGACAAUGUCAAAUCAAUUGGCAAUUCGGUCACAUUUGAACUUAGCUCCGCCUUUCAGUGUUUUAUGCGAUAAACGUGCCCAUGUGUAUGUGGAUGAAUGUGCGGGCAUCGCAGUUCUUUCGCAGGCAUUGGUGGUGCCCGUGGAAGCUUCCAAUUCUCAUCAUCUCACUCUCGAUGAUAUAAAAGCCAACUACAUACCGAACGAUGGGGAUAUUCACCUUGCACCAACUAAAUUGAUUUGUCUUGAAAAUACGCUACAUGGAAUGUGCUUCCCUUACAGCGAACUCAGGAAAAUCAGCGAAUGGUGUCACCAUGAGAAUAUCAAAUUGCACUUGGACGGCGCCCGUCUUUGGAAUGCUGCUACCUACCACGAUGAACCUGACAAGUUUGCUUAUUUGCACAAGAUUGCACCUCUGUUUGACUCCAUCUCCAUGUGUCUUUCGAAGUCGAUAGGCGCACCAGUGGGCUCAAUGCUCAUUGGGACGCCUGAAUUUAUGAAAAGAGCUAGACACCUUCAAAAACAGCAAGGUGGUGGCAUCCGGCAAGCUGGGUUCAUUGCACGUAUUGCAAACUACUGCAUCGAUUAUACUUACCCUGCCAAGAUACACCAGGUCUCACUUAAGGUCCAAGAGUUCUGGCAUGAUCUACACCAAACUAUGAAAGAUAUCCACAGUUUCGAAUUAUUUUUGGCGCACCCUGUCGAAACCAAUUUCAUCUUCAUCGAUCUCGCAAAAUCAAAAAUCAAUAUAGAUGUGCUUCUGAAGUUCGGAGGGUUGAACGGCGUCAGACUUUUCGACGGACGUCUUGCUUUCCACUACCAAAAUAUUGAUGAUUCGAGCUUAGAAACCUUAAAGAAAGUCUUCCUAGAUAUGGCCGCUCACUACAAAGAUCACGAGUAUAUCCCUGACGCGGGUAAAACCAGAAUCUACUAA